AUGAGAGAGGAAGAUCUAGAGGACAUUAAGAGAGUUUAUGAAAGACACGGAGAAGCUCUAGAUGUAAGCAGAAUAACGAGCGGGACAAGGCACGUUUUCAAAUAUGUUAUGGACAUCCCCGAGUCUCUGCUCGAUUAUCCAGAGGUAAAGCAUCUCCGCUUUUUAGCAAAAGAAAAGAUAAACCAUAUUGUGAAUGAGAUAAGAAGCCGGAAUAAUGAGGGGGAUACUGAUUCCGAAAGAACCUUAGAGUGGAUGGCAGCCAUGAAGAAUAUUAGAAAGGUUCAUUCUGCAAUUAUGGGAUAUGAAUCUGGGCGUAUAGCAUUUUGCAGAAAGAUCAGCAUAAUAUGUGCUAGAGAACUGAGAAGAGGGCUCUCGAAGACAUCCAGGAUCAAUCCCAUACUAAAGUCAAAAAGGAUCUACAGAGAGUUGUUUGGGCACAUCAAGAAGGCUGAAAGAAAUAUAAAGGACAGAUCUAAGAAGGCAGAGAAGGAGGAAAUGGAAAGGAAGAAGAAAGAAAUGGAAGAAAAAGAAGAGCUAAGGCAGAAGAGAAAGUUUGAAUAUCUUUUAAGCCAGACGGAGCUCUUCUCUCAUUUCAUACUGAAAAAAAACAAAUGCAGUCUUCCAGACAUCGAGGAAGUAGAGGGGUCUGGAGCUGAAGAAUAUAACAAGAUGAAGGGAUAUGAGGCAGCUAUGCUUCAAAAAGAAAAGCUGAAGGAGUUUGGGCCGCCAAGAUCUGGAAAGAAAUUCAAGGAUGGAGGAGAGACAACAACACGGUAUGUACCCCAGCCAAAAAUACUAAGGUGUACUUUAAAAGAGUAUCAGAUCAAGGGGUUAAACUGGCUUGUGAGUUUGUAUGACAAGGGAAUCAACGGGAUCCUUGCAGAUGACAUGGGACUGGGCAAAACCGUUCAGUCGAUCUCUUUGCUGGCCUACCUUUACGAAACAGAGGAGAUUCCAGGACCCUUUCUUGUAGUAACUAUUUCGUCAACACUUGAUAACUGGGCUCAGGAGUUUUCAAGGUUUCUUCCCUGUUUCAAAGUGUGUAGGUUUUCUGGGUCUCCGAAUGAAAGAAAAGAGCUAAAGAAGCAAUUCAAGAAUUCUGAUGUCGUGAUCACCACAUACCAAACAGCUGUUAGUGAUGAAAAGAUGCUAAAGAAAAUAAAAUGGCAGUACAUGAUUCUUGAUGAAGCACAGGCGAUCAAAAGCAGUAUGUCCCGAAGAUGGAAGACUCUUCUGAGCUUUAGGGCGAGAAAUAGGCUUCUUUUAACGGGUACCCCAAUACAGAACUCUAUGCAGGAGCUAUGGGCUCUUCUUCACUUCAUAAUGCCCACUCUGUUUGAUUCUCUCAGCGAGUUCAGUGAUUGGUUUAGCAAGGAAAUAGAGACCUCAGCAACAAUGAAGAAAACAGUUGAUGAGAAGUCCCUGCAAAGACUUCAUACAAUUUUGAAGCCUUUUAUGCUUCGAAGGCACAAAUCUGACGUUAUUCAUGAGCUAGGGCAAAAGACACAAAUCGACUUGUAUUGCAAUCUGAGCUACAGGCAAAAGGUAUUGUAUAAGGAGAUUACAAGAUCUUGUUCAAGUAUGGAGAUGGAGAAUUUACUCAUGCAACUGAAGAAGGUUUGCAACCAUCCUGACCUGUUCAAGAAGCUGGAACCUACUUGCGGGCUGAGUCUUGAAGUCAAUGAUGGGAUGGGAGAUGUAGUCUCGUUUGGAAGGAGUAAGAUGGACAUCAAGAUUCCCAGUCUUAUUGCAAAAGAUGCACUUGAAGUGUUUCGUAGAAGGGAGCGGGAGCUGGCGGAAAGAAUCAGCCACUUACGCAAAAUUGCCUGUAGAAAUGGAUUUUGGGGAUGGUAUCUAAGGGAAAGUCUAGACUUCAAGUAUGGAAGUCCCGUUUUUAGAAGUGUUGAGGAAGCUGGAAGGAUCAUUUUAAAGAAUAGAGAAAGUAUAGACCAUGGAUAUUUGGUAAAGAAACUAAGAAUGUCAAUAGACGAAGAGAUCUAUUACCUGAGGAGAUAUGUUUGCUGUAUAAGUCCUGUUGUGGCAACUGCUCCUAGGUUGCUUUCAAAUGAGGUCGAGCUUCCAGCAAUAGAAUUGGAAAAUAUGUAUAUUCCACUCAAUGCAACCAUUCAUGUUCCCCCGCUGAAUACGUUCAUCGGAGAUAGUGGGAAGAUGAUUGUUCUAGAUGAGCUACUUCCGCGACUUAGAGCAGAAGGGCAUAGAUUAUUGAUUUACUUUCAGAUGACAAGGAUGAUAGAUCUCAUAGAAGACUAUCUUGUGAGAAAGGGGUAUACCUAUCUCAGGCUUGAUGGUAGUCUGAAGGCAUCAGCCAGGGCAGAGGUUAUUAGAGAUUGGCAAACAAGUGAUAAGUUUAUCUUCUUAUUGAGCACGCGUGCUGGAGGGUUGGGGAUAAACCUAACAGCAGCAGAUACUGUUAUCUUUUAUGAUAGCGACUGGAAUCCCACUGCAGAUCAGCAGGCAAUGGAUAGAGCGCAUAGGUUAGGGCAAACAAGAGAUGUAACUGUGUACAGGCUCAUAACAAGAGGAACGGUUGAAGAAAAAGUUCUGGAAAGUGCCAACAGAAAGGAUGAGAUACAGAAAAUGGUUAUUCAUGGAAACAUAUUCGAAGGAGAGAACUUUUGA